AUGGCUCGCGGUCUCAUACUUCUUUUCCUCUGCUCUACUGCUUCUGCUCUUUCUCUGACCUCAACGGGUUCCACAUUGCUGCUGAACGAGAUCUCCUAUUACAUUCCUGCCUCGCCGUUCAUUGUGCUUCCUAGUCCAUCACUAUCAGAAAGCGCUCCCUCCGCGGGCGGGCUGACGCCCGUGACUGUUAUUGCAGCUUCAAGCAAUGCAAGUUUCAGUACCGUUGAUCAAAUCAUCAAAAUUUUGGGUAGCGACGACGUGUGGACCGAGGACUUUCUUCAAACAAUCCUUCUUCAAGGACCUAGCUCCCCUAGUGGGCCUUACUCCAAUAGCAGUAUCAAGACGGUGGCCCUCCCGAGUAACGGAUCGUCAACAUUGCCACCCGGCCCUUACUUCGCAACACCAUCGGGCGCACUCUAUCAGCCAUACAAGCUUUACUCCGACUUUGCAGGCGCAUUCACUCAAUCGCUAGUUCCAGCGUCGAAUGGCACUUUUGCCCCUUUACCGGCCGCCAUCGCUGGCAUACAAGCACCAGCUGUAGGCGUUCCAUCUCGUCUCUACUAUACGAAGACACCUGAGAAGCCUCUGGCCGGCGUCCGUGUUGGCAUCAAAGACAUCUAUGAUGUCGCUGGGGUCAAAACGAGCGAUGGAAAUCGUGCUUGGUACGGAUUAUACCCGCCAGCUAUUGCAAAUGCUGUGCCAGUGCAACGACUUGUAGAUGCUGGUGCUAUCAUUGUAGGUAAGCUGAAGACCAGUCAAUUUGCGAACGGUGAGGUGGCAACGGCGGACUGGGUUGAUUAUCAUUCACCGUUUAAUCCAAGAGGCGAUGGUUAUCAAGACCCUUCUUCCUCCUCGUCCGGGCCUGGAGCAGCUGAAGGGAGUUACCCCUGGUUAGACCUAACCUUGGGCAGCGAUACGGGUGGUAGUAUUCGAGGACCGAGCCAGGUUCAAGGGUUAUUUGGAAAUCGUCCUUCUCAUGGAUUGGUUGAUCUUACCGGCGUGAUGCCACUAGCGCCCCAACUCGACACCGCAGGCUUCUUGACCAGAGAUCCUAUCAUAUGGGCUGCUGCUGCGAAAGUAUUAUAUGGCGGUCUAUCUUUCUACAGCAAAUACCCUAAAAAGCUGUACGCUAUUGGCUUUCCAGCCUCUGCGGAUUCGGAUUCGGACGGUGUUCUGCUAGAUACUCUGAGUAGAAUCGAGGCUUAUCUUUCCAUCAAAGCCACGACUUUGAACCUCACCGCACUUUGGGCUGCAAACAAACCAGCUGGAGUCAUGGCUUCUCUAAGCACCUUUUUGAAUCUCACAUAUCCGAUCCUGAUAUCUAAGGAGCAGACUAGACUCGUCCGAGAUCCGUUCUAUGCUGCCUACAGAGCUGCGCAUGAUGGCCGUCAUCCUUUCGUAGAUCCGACUCCGCUAGCUCGCUGGGCUUUUGGUGACGGCUACCCGGAGUCUGCACUCACAGAUGCUAUCAAUAACAAGACCGCUUUUCAAAAUUGGUACAGUGAGAACGUGUCACGCAACGACAGUACUACAUGCUCCGACAGUCUCGUACUAUAUUCCGGCUUUGGUGAUCCUGUUUACAGAAAUGAGUAUCUUGAUCCGCCAACCGCGCCCACUGGCUUUUCUACCGGUAGAGUCAGUGUCUUUGCCGAAGUUCCUGACUUUGUUGUACCUGUUGGUCAAGCGGCGUACAAUUCAACGAUCACGCUGCACGAGGAGUUCCUCCCCGUCACGAUCGACAUAAUGGCGGCGAAAGGUUGCGACGGGCUGAUCUUUAAUUUGGUGCAGGAUUUGGUAAGUGCAGGUAUUGCCAAAGUACCUUUGACGGGUCAGACCAUAGCAGGUGGCGAGAUCCUGAUGAGAAGGUGGGAUUGA